AUGUCAAAACACUUCUGCUGCUGCAUCCCCGUCCGCUUCGGCGUCUUCGUCUUCUCUUUGUUGUCAGCCGUCACAGCGGGUCUACUAGCCGCCAUUCUGUGGUUUAUCGUCCAUGGUACGCAGGCAUCUGGUCUCGCAGAUGGCUACACGAACGUCAAUGAGCGGACGAAGAUCAUCGUCAUUGUGAUUGCGUGCGUCUUUAGUGUCAUGGCACUGCUCUCGCUGUUCGGCUUCAUCGGCUCCAUCACGCGCAAUCGACGUUUCGUGAAGGCGUUCUCAUUCAUGGCAUGGAUCCUGUUCUUCUGCUCCCUCGCCGCCGCGGGCCUGCUUCUCUGGGCUGUCUACACCGAGAAGAACAUCACGACGGACUGCAUCAACUCGGACGACAAGGGCAACGUCUCCGUGGAUGAGUGCACGACACACCUCAGCACAGGCAUGAAGAUCGCUAUCACAGUGAUCGUGGCGGUCCACGUGUUCGUCGAGCUCUACAUUGUGACGAUUGUCCGGCGCUACGUUGAGCAGCUCGAAGAGGAGGACGGAUGGCAGGGUCCCUACAAGCUCACGUCGACGGACGUCAGCCAGGGCCUCAUGAACACCGCUCCCAACUCGUAUCCUUACUCCGACCCGCAUCACGCGUACGGCAACGCAUGA